AUGGACGAUGAGUGGUUUUCAUCCGAUACAGAUGAGUGGUCUUCAUCAGAUUCAGAUGAGUGGUCUUCAUCAGAUUCAGAUGAGUGGUCUUCAUCAGAUACAGAUGAGUGGGAUUAUAAUCAGUACGAUUCUCCAUUACCUCCUGUGUGUGCAUCAUGUUUUAUGUACAAUUUCCUGGGGGAAAUUAUGGAGUUUUCAGAAAGUUUACAGGAACAGCUGAGAAAACGAGAUGUUAUCAUUGGUACUCUGAGUCUAGGGAUCGAGAGAGAACGAAGAAAAAAUCAAAAAAUGGACAUCCUUGUUAAGGAGAGGGAGGAAACGGAACACGCUAUGGUUAUCCAAAAACAGAUUCAUUCUGCAGAAAUGAAAGAAAAAAUAGAUACGAUCAAAGAUCUUCAAAUACAACUACAUAAAGUGCAGGAGAAUUUCGGCAUAAAGAAAUCCCAACAAAAGAUCGAGUCACUAGAAAGGCUAUUGAAAACCGAAAAGGAACUGGUGCAAUCUUUGAAGACAGAAAUAUGUAACCUUCAACACGAAAUCCAAAGUUUAAAACUCGGACAACAUCCAGCUGAUCUAUAUACUCAAAAAGAGUCUGAAAUCUUGCAAGAAAGGAUAUCAAAACUCACAGCCGAGAACAACAAACUCAACGGAGAAAUUGAAAAAAUAUCGAAAGAAAACGACAACUUGGUCAAAAGACUUCGAGAAAGGGAACAGGCUUAUAUAGAUACCACAGAAAUGCACAAGGAAAAUGAGAGUUUGCAAGAAGAUAAUAAACGACUUCAAAAUCAACUCAACAUUUUCCAAGAGGAGAUCGUAAGACUGACAAGCGAAAGAAAGCCCGAGAUAAUUCUACAACUAAAACGUACUCAAGCAGAAAUAGAAGGCCUUAAAGAGAAAAUAUAUCAACUAACCACCGAUAAUAACAUGCUACACGAAGAAAUUGAAGAAAUUUCAAGGGAAAAAGACAACGCUUUAACAAGGUUAAGUAAAAUAGCUGGUGCAAAAUUAACACAUGGGAACGCUGCAAUAACUGACCUUAGUGACACCAAUCGUCCAACAAAAAUAACAGAGAAAUUCUCCGAGUUGUACGACAACCAGUGGACUGACGCUUUUGAAGAACUGAACAAUACUUACAACAACGAAGAGGAAACUAUUCAAGUCCUGUUAAAAAUCCUGAAGGAUGCAUAUGAUUUUUGUGUCCACACGGAACAAACUUAUGGGAGAAAAAUUGAAGAGGCAGUCUUCACACUUCAAGAUGAAACUACAGAAGAGACCUGUACGAUCACCUGUGCUGAUGUACCAGUGCAGAAAGCCCUCGCAGAUUUAAGGCUGUCUUUGAGCAAUGCAUGUUGUCCAGUCAUAGAAAAGAUGUUUCUGGCGAGACUUCCAUCAAUUCUGAAGAACGUGGACAUCUCGGUGUCCCCCAAAACAAAGCUGUAUGCACGCCAAUGUGCAAGCCUGUGUUGGAGAAUGAAGAUCCGUGAUCCACCUUUGUUUGUCCGGUUUGAAUUCAGACGGGGAACGGAAUUCAACACAGAUAUCUUAAGGAGAUAUACCAAAACAGGAGGAUAUCUAGAUUUUAUUGUCUGGCCUGCACUAUACUUGCACGAGAAAGGGCCUUUAUUGUCAAAAGGUGUAGCACAGCCAAAACAUUCUCCAUGAUAAUAUUUUAGGACAAUUGCUUAAAAUCAUAGUGUGAACUUGGUUAACCAUUACUGUGGUUAAAAUUUAUCAUCAUGUCAAAUUAAGCCUGUGAUAUAUUUAAAGCUUAUUCGAAUACUUCACAUUUCAUUCAGAAAUCAAAUUAAAUACAUUUACAAUGAUUUUUUUAA